AUGACUUCCUUUGAACAACCAGCACAAUCUCCAAUCUCACUCGCAAAUCCAGAAAUCAAGAUUGUCAAGAAAGCAUUGAAUGGAUUUGUUGGAUUUGCCAAUUUACCAAAACAAUGGCAUAGAAAAUCAGUUAGAAGAGGUUUCACUUUUAAUAUAAUGGCCAUUGGAGAAAGUGGAUUAGGUAAAACAACCUUAAUCAACACUCUUUUCAGUCGUGAAAUACUUAAUCAUAAGAAUGAUGAACUUGACCUUGAAGAAUCAGAACAAGAUUUAGAAAAAGGUGCAGUUCCAGUUAAAAUCAAAUCAACUCAAGCUGAUAUUGAAGAAGAUGGAGUUAGAUUGAAAGUUAGUGUCAUUACUGCUCCUGGAUUUGGUGAGUCUAUUAAUAAUACUGAUUAUUGGAAACCAAUUGUGGAUGAAAUUAAUAAUAGAUUUGAUUCAUAUUUGGAAGCUGAAUGUAAAAUCAAUAGAUUACAAAUUGUUGAUGAAAGAAUUCAUGCUUUCCUUUAUUUCAUCGAACCAACUGGUCAUUCAUUAAGAGCUUUAGAUAUUGCUCUUAUGAAAUUGAUUCAUGAAAAAGUUAAUUUGAUUCCUGUGAUUGCUAAAGCUGAUACUUUAACCGAUGAAGAAAUUAAUGAAUUUAAACAAAGAAUAUUAGCCGAUAUUGAACAUCAAGGGAUUAAAAUUUUCAAACCAAGAGAAUAUGAUGAUGAAGAUGAAGAAUCAGUUGAAAAUACCAGGAGAAUCAUAGAUAGUUUCCCAUUUGCUGUUGUUGGAUCCACUAAGGAAGUUCAAACUAUUGAUGGUAGAACUGUAAGAGGUAGACAAUAUCCAUGGGGUGUUAUUGAAGUUGAUAAUGAAGAUCAUAAUGAUUUUGUCAAAUUACGUGAAUUAUUAAUUAGAAACUUUUUAGAAGAAUUAAAAGAAACUACAGCAAAUAUACUUUAUGAAAAUUAUAGAACUGAAAAAUUAUCAAGAAUGGGAAUUGAACAAGAUAAUUCUGUAUUUAGAGAGUUUGAUCCAGCAGCUAGACAAGAAGAAGAAAGAGCUUUACAUGAAGCUAAAUUAGCCAAGAUGGAAGCUGAAAUGAAGAUGGUUUUCCAACAAAAAGUUAGUGAAAAGGAGAAGAAAUUGCAAAGAUCUGAAGCUGAUUUAUUUGCCAGACAUAAAGAAAUGAAAGAUAAAUUAACUAAACAAAUUAAAUUAUUAGAAGAGAAAAAGGCUCAAUUAGAAAAACAAAAGUCUUUACCUCAAGAUCCUCCUGCUGCAGCUACUCCAGUUCCAGCUAAGACUCGUAAAGGUUUCUUACGUUAA